AAAAAAAAAAAAAAAAAAAAAACAUGGCCGCCUGGACACCUCUUACAUACUUUCUUCCUACUACGUUAUGUUAUGUAUGUCAUUAAUUAUUAACAUAAUCGGAAGUUGGUCGGCGGCGGCAGAAUACCGAUAGAGGUGAGGCCUGAGGGGCGUGAUUCGAUGGGAUUCUGCAUCUGCCCAUUGGUUACUCCGGCGAGAUUACUGUGGAGUUCAAGUUUCUUCCGCCACAAACUCAUGCUCUUCUAACACUACCUAUAUAUCCUAGCUUAGCUUCUUCAAUCCCAAAACACAUAUACCUAUAUUACUAUAUUAUAUAUAUUCAAGCUGCUACUAUACUAUUAUAUAUUAAUUACUCCAUAUCAUCAUAUAAAGAUCGAUCGAGAUGGAGAGAAGAAUGGAGGAAUCCGGGCGUUUCUUCUUUAACCCAUCCUCCCACGCCGACGUGUUGUUCCUUGGGAAAGCUGAUCCCCUUUUUCCAGGAGGAAGCUGGUCGGCGACGAAGAUGGAGGAGAGCUUAAAGAGGCGAGCCAGCUGCAUGUUCAGCGGCCCACAAUCUGACGAGGAAUAUUACGAGGAGCAGUCAUCGUCAGAUAAAAAGCGCCGUCUCACUUCGCAACAGGUAGACGUGCUGGAGAGGAGCUUUUCAGGGGAAAAGAAGGUGGAGGCGGAGCGCAGGAAGGAGCUGGCAAGUAACCUAGGGUUGCACCCCCGGCAGGUGGCGGUUUGGUUCCAAAACCGACGCGCAAGGUGGAAGGCCAAGCAGCUUGAAAGGGACUACGAUGAACUCAAAUCAUCCCACGAUUACCUUUUGUCUCACUAUAACUUCAUUCUCAAACAGAAUCAAAAGCUCAAAGCAGAGGUAACUAACAGUACAGUACUAGCUACAACCAUAUCAAUUACUAAAUAUGCAAUUAAUGUGUUGAAGGUGAAUUUACUGAGUAAGAAGUUGGAAGGUAAUUGUAAGGAGGUUGAUGACGAUGAUGAGGGGAAAAAUGCGCCGCCGUCACGUAUGAAGGCAGAAAAGAAGUGUGAUUUUACUCGCAUACACAGUUCAAUUGGUCACAGGGAUAAAAUACCAGAAGAGGAAUACGGAAAUCCAAAGCAAGAGCUACUUAUGGAUAAUUAUUAUUAUUAUUGUGUUUGUGGGAGUGGGAACACAUAUAAUAAUUUGCACAAUAUUGAUUAUGAGGAGGAGGAGGAGGAUAUGGAUCAUCAUGUUUGCAACUCCACUCCACAUGCCCAAACUACUACUGAUGAUGAUGAGCCACUAGGAUGGUUCUGGUCCUAGCUACCUACCUAUCUACUCCCUCAGCUCCAUAUAUAUAUAUAUAUAUAUAUAUAUAUAUAUAUAUAUGCAAUAAUCUCACUAGUCACUUGUGUAAGAACAUAUCACGAUAUUAAAUCUAGGAUUGUUACAGUUGUUGGUUAAUUAAAUAGAAACCAUGUAACUACCGAGUCAGAGUGUUUAAGUUUCUGCACCAACAAUAAUUCUCUGUCUCUAGAUUUGUCAUAUGUUGGUUUAAUUCUGAAGCAAUGUCGUUUUAUUGCUAGGGAUAUUGGGGACGUUGUUGUCCGUCAUGUCCGAAGGUCAGCGAACCAGGUUACUCACGUACUAGCGAGGGCAGCUGUUUCUUCCUCUGUCCUUGGUGUGUGGGAUAUUAUCCCACCCAGUUGUAUUUCUGAUUUGUUUUUAUGAAUGAAGUUGUUUGGGUUUCAAAAAAAAA